AUGCUCUUUAGUAGAGCGCAUACCAGUGUUGGUGAUAGUGGUGUCGACUGCGGCAGUACUACUACUAGCGGUGGUGUGUCAGUGAUCUGCCUGAGCACACAGCACAUACAGCCCUACCACACAACCAAUAAUGUGAUCAUUGGCCACAAUAACACUGAUAUAACUGCUAAUGAGUGCAAUAGUGACGACAAAUAUAGAUAUUAUUGCCGUAAUUGUGACACAAGUGUGGAGUCGAGUGGUGGAGACAAAAGUGAUGUUCAAUUCAUAUGCGAUCGCAAUCAUCAACGCAUUCAACGAUCAUUGAGUGAACCAAACCUAUUGCUUAUCAAUAGCGACGACUGUCUCACUGGAUAUAAGACAAUAAUCACUGAUAUAAACAUCAGGGACAGGGAUGACAGCGACGAUUGUGCGGACAAACACAGUGUGGACUCAAAGUCAGUGACUUCUUCCACAUCGACACUACUGUCUGAUGCGAGCGCAGCAUCUGAUGAACAAAUAAGUCAUAAUCCGUACAAUCGUUUACUCCAACAAAUCGAUUGGUUUAACACUAAUACCAGCGAUAAGGGCGUCAGCAGUAGGAGUCGGAGUAGCAGUCAGUGUAGUGUCGCGGGUGUCGGCGCUGAUGGCACUGACGGCAAGGAUUUCGUGUCGCAAAUCAAUACUAUUAUUGCAACGCAAUUGUGUCACAACUUCUUGACUGAUCAGACAAAUGAUGACAAACGUGUCACCAAUGAAGUGGUAGUCGAUGAUAAAGGGAACGGCUGUACAGACCAGGCAUCGGAAGAUGUAUAUCGUGUCAAACCUGAGCCCAAGAAGAGGAGGAAGAGACAAAUGAACAGGAAUUAUGUGAAUUGCGGACAAAUAGUUGGGACACAAGAAUCGACACCAGAAUCACAGAAUCGGACGGAAAGUGCGAAACAAAUGCAACAGAAUUUGAUUAAACGCGAGAUUAUGGCUGAAAACGAGGGGACAGUCGUGUCGACCACAGAAAGUGUAGUUCUAAAUGACUAUUUCGAUAAUAACAGCGCCGGUAGUAAUCGCUGUGAACGACAACUACAACAGAAUAAAGGAACUAUACGUUCGCCAUAUAAUAGACAUUCAUUAACGCUGGACGUGUCGUGUAGUAUAGCACCGGCUGCUGAUAGAAAGUGUAGUGCCAUUACAUGUGGGGCGACAGGCGCUGGAGGUGUCAGGAAUUCCCGGCGGCUUAUAGUCAGUGAUAAACGGCUGAGAAAUGCUGUCUUAGACAGACUUAAACGACUCGGACGCUCUCAAAGUCAAUGUCGACCAUCAGACGAGUCGACGGCGCCGGUAGCCACGGGUUCGCAAAAGUUUUAUAUGCGAACCAAAGGCUUGUAUAAAAACGUGAAGAGACGCUUCUCAUCCGUGCCUCCCUGUGCCGAUGUGGUGGACGAGGAGCCACCACCACCUCCAUCAUCGCCGCCACCAACACCACCGCCAAUACCGGCCCCACAAACGGCUCACAACCACAGUAUUAAUGGCACGACUGGUAGUACUAGUGAUGAGCCAAAUGUGACAACUUAUACGAAGAUUAAUGUCAAUACAAUGGAUAGACUGAUGUUAGUCGGCGCUGAUUGUCACCAACCAAUGGAUGCUCAGUCACUGGUGACAGCGCCUGGAGUACAGCUGAGACACUGUUCCAGUUUCGAGAGUAUCGAAGAUUCCGGAUGCGGCUCCAGUAUCCAAACGAGUUCAUUGUCUACAGACAGCAAUCGGAGCUCCAUUUGCACCGGAGAUGACAUGAAUAGCUUUUAUUCAUCGGCACUACUGAGGGGGCCGUUCAUUGGUUAUGCCAAAGCCAUUACCGACUGCACUCCCUGUCCCUACUAUAAGGAUGCCCUGCCAUUCAAGAGGGGAGACGUGAUAUCUAUAAUCUCGAAGGACGAGUCGGGCACGUGGGUAGGGAUGGCCAACGGCCGCAUCGGUCACUUCAAGUUUGUGAACGUCGAAGAGAUCAGACACUGUGGCGACCCCUCCACCAAACGGAUCCCUAACAAAGGCAUUAAACUCAUAAUCCCUGUGACUAUUGAGCAUCAAGAGGGUCACCAUCACCAUCAUCACCACCAAUAUCAUAGUUUAGGAGCUGCCCAUCAAUCUAACGAUAAUUGCAGUCAUAAUCACCGGAGCAGUGGUUGCGGUGGUAGUGAUGGCCAACUGUGCCAUAAGGAGUGCUGUAAAGAGAUUUGCGAUAAAUUAAAGUCACGAUUACAUGACUCUAAUGGACGGCCACUGACUCUCAAUGAUAUCAAACAAGUGAUCGCAUUAUCAGAUCUGCAUUUGAAUCUCUUGACUAUCUAUGGCUACAGUGAUCUGAAAGUGUUGGCACACAUCGAGAAUAGGGACACACUUAAUGACUGCGGUAUUAGUGAUACCGGUGCUCAGCAUCGACUGCUUACCAUAACGCGUCUGUUACGGGAUUACUAUUUCAGUUGUAAUAACACUAAUACUAAUCACACGACUGAUAGUCGACUGGUAAUUAGACCACAGAAUGCUAGUCAACAGCCCCCGCAGCACCGGUAUGUGCCUAAACAUAGACGCGACCCGAGGUGUAUGGGGUCGGUGUCGGCGCCCACCACACCGGCCAUUACCCCCAGCAUUGACUUCAUGUCCGACGACUUCAGUCAACUCAUAUCAAAGCUCGAGACCGUCUCGACAUCCAGUCUCGAGAAUAGCUGCGCUUUAGAUGAUGUUAAGCAGCGCCAGGAGCUGAAUGCCAGCGCCAAACCCAAUGAUUAUCCUAAUGAGAGCCAUAAGAAACAAUUAAGUGACAAAAAGUUAGACACUUUUGCCAAUUAUACGAAUAUUAUUGACAGCAAUGAGAAAAUCUACGAAAACACUGAACGAGUAAUUAGUGUAACGCCUGAACACUAUUCAAGUACUUUAGAAAUUUCAUCAAAACCUCUGAGGAAUAGGACCCAAUCGGACAGUAGGCCAGACACUUUGGGAUCCGGUAGUACCGGUAAACUGAAUAAGUGUCUACACAAUAGUGUCCGGUUCGCCAUCCGAGACAAAUCACUGGACAGGAAUCUGUUGAGCAAAUUAGAUCUGAAGCCUAUUUAUAUGCAAACUAUUGAUCGGAGGGGUGCCGGGGCUGGCGACAGACCAAUCGGCACCGGUAUGUCAAUC